GAUAGGGCGGUAGCUGACAGGCUGAGUGGUGUGUCAAUCAAACUGCUGACUCGCAAAAAUCAGACAAACUUUAGCCUCUGAAAACGUACAGCGCGCAGUUUUUUGAUACUGUAAAGGCGCCCAUGUGUAGUGUGCCGGAAAAAGAAGACACCACAUUUUGGCUUAGACCGGUGGGAGGAGAUUCUGAACGAGUAUUCUGCAAUUUGUGGAAAACGGGUUCUUGUCGGGCAUGGUGGUGCUAAUUGGAAACGACACGAUGCACAUGUUUUGGAGCCGGGCCCUUCAGAGCAGCUGGCUCCUGCUGAUGGUCCACUUCCUGUGCUCAGAUGCCGUUCCAAUAAGUGUGGACAAGACUAAAGUAAAAGAAGCAGAGAAUCAGCCCAGUGAGCCUCCACCUAGUGUGGACACUGGACUACAUUAUGACCGCUACCUCAGAGAAGUCAUUGAUUUUCUGGAGAAAGACCAGCAUUUUAGAGAAAAGCUUCACAAUACAGACAUGGAGGAUAUCAAGCAAGGCAAACUGGCCAAAGAACUAGACUUUGUCAGCCAUCAUGUCAGAACAAAACUGGACGAGUUAAAGAGGCAAGAGGUGAGCCGACUACGAACCCUGAUCAAAGCCAAGCAAGACAUUGAAGGAGGGAAUGACAUUGCAGUUGACCACCAGGCUCUGCUGAAACAGUUUGAGUACCUGAAUCAUAUGAACCCACAUACCUUUGAAGUGGAUGAUCUUGAUCGGCUCAUCAAAUCAGCCACAAAGGACCUGGAAAACUUUGACAAGGACAGACACGAGGAGUUCAAGAGGUAUGAAAUGAUGAAAGAGCACGACAGACAGGAACACCUGAAAACUCUGGAUGAGGAGGACAGAAGAAAAGAGGAGGAACACUACAAUGAACUGAAAAAGAAGCACGCUGACCACCCUAAAGUCAACCACCCAGGCAGCCAGAAUCAACUGAAGGAGGUCUGGGAAGAUGCCGAUGGUUUGGACCCUGAGGAUUUUGACCCCAAGACCUUUUUCAAAUUGCAUGAUUCAAACGGAGACGGCUAUUUUGACGAGCAGGAGCUGGAAGCAUUGUUCACCAAAGAGUUGGAGAAAAUCUACGAUCCCACCAACGAGGAAGAUGACAUGGUGGAGAUGGAGGAAGAGAGACUGCGUAUGAGGGAACAUGUCAUGAAUGAGGUGGAUUCUAAUAAAGACAGGCUAGUCUCUCUAGAUGAAUUUCUUGUGGCAACAAGGAAAAAAGAAUUCUUGGAGCCAGAUAGCUGGGAGACCCUGGAGCAAAACCAGCUGUACACAGAUGAAGAGAUGCGGGAGUUUGAGGAGCACCUAGCACAGCAGGAGCAGGAUCUGAACCAGAAAGCCUAUGACCUGCAGAAACAGAGGGAGGAGCUGGAGAAACAACAGGAGCAGCUGAACGCACAGAAAAUGGAGCUGCAGCAGGCAGUUGAGCACAUGGAACGGUUAAAAUCACAGAACGUGGACGCUCCUCCAGAAGUCUAUGUUGAAGGAAACCAUGUCCCAGAGUUACACCCUGAAGACAAUCAGUUGCCCAUGGACAAUGAGAUCCAACAACAAGAACAUCAGCCCGUUCACCACGACUCACCUGUGGAACAUCACCAACAGCUCAGUGAAAAUGAGGCUCAGUAUGGACUUCCUCAAACACACCAAGAUCUGCCACCAGGCCACCAAGAACUGUCACCAGACCAGCACAUCGUGCCCUAGUGAUUUGUCCGGAACUGGGGCUUCCAUAUCCAGACAUUUUGCAGCACCUCCUCUCCUGUGUGUAAAGGAUACAUUUCUACUGAAUUGGAUUCUUCUUCAGUCAACGUGACUCAGGAGGUAAGAGCACAUGACACAAGGGAAGGCUGCAAUAACUGAAUUCCUUCUGAAUGAGUGACAGGAAUCCAAAUCUUUGGAUUGUGGAAAAACCUACAAGGACUUAACGUUUUACCAUUACUGCUCCAUGAAUGAAUAAAUGUUUCAAAUUUAGUUUGGGAACAAAAAUAUGAUUUUGUUUGAAUUUCGUGAAUUGUCAUUGGUGUUCAUUUUACAGAACCACGGUCUGAUGCUGAAGCCUGUUUUGUGUGUACUGCUUUUUCCAGGAGAUAUAAAGUAUAAUUGUUAAAAAAAAAAAAAAGUAUUUGACUUCAUAUUCAGGAAUUUUAGUAAGAUUUUUCUAGAAAUACAUUGAACCAUAAAGAAAAUAGAUUUACAGGUUACAUUUUUUGAUGAACAUGGUUCAUCAUCGUACGAAAAACUUUUUUACCUCAAAGCUGAACGUCAGGCAUUCACGUUGUAAACAUCUCAACCUUAUUCAGUAACUGGUCAUUUAAAGUCAAGUCCAAGACACUUAAAUAAAUGCAAGUUGUGUUCCCAGGGUUUCAGCUUAAAUGUGUUAAAGCCAGAGAAAAGUAGAGGCCGACUGCACAAGACAGAUUGGACCAGUCGAGGAAAAACUAGAAUGUGGCCUCAGAAGAGUAGUCAUGUUUACUGGCCUAAGUCAAGGUCUCUUAAAAAAAAAAGCUCAAGUUGCAUGCCUGUUGAUUUAAUUCGGUUUAGUUUAGUUAGAUUCCAAGGUAGAAAUGUUUUUAAUUUUCACAAUUUUUUCAAGACGAUCUCAGAAUCAUGUUUUGCAAAGCCUUUGACUUUAAUAUCCCAAAUGUUCCCACACACAAUUGUGGAAUGCAGCUGAAAACAUGUUGUUCUUCUGUCCCCUGAGUGAGUCACAGUGGGUAUGACCUAAAAUGGCAGCACAGCAUCAUGUCAUCACUCAGACCUUACAGUCCAAGCUUUGUAAGAUAAGGUUUUCACAGUGACUUUAGUGGUGAGUGGUGUCAGAGGCUGGAUCGUGUAUCAGCAGGUGUCACUGUGCAGGAACACAAGUCAGUGGUCAGAAGUGUCAUGGACAGAUUUCUUGGUUGUUUACUGAUUCAGUUAAUUAUAAGCUUGUGAGAUUGGCGUUAUGUUGUGGUUCCCCCUGCUGGCAAACAUCACUAGUGGUCACUUGUUCACUUGACUUGUUUUGCCUUACAACUGUUUUCGUUGCCAUGUUUGUAUGCCUGUCAGAGCUUCUUGAAAACAGCAUUUCACUUUUUUUUUUUGCACAAAUUAUACAGGUGUUGUAUGAUUGCUUUCUGCUGGAAAAAAUGUUUUAAAUUUUAUUGGUACUGGGCUCCUCAGUUCAGGACAGUACAUUUAUAAAAAGGAUUUGAACCCUAA